AUGAAUGAAACAUUAAUAUCGAGUGACAAAAUAUAUUUGUUACAAACAUUUUCAUCAAUUUUGGUGUUCAUAAUCACAUUUAUUACUGCUUUCGGUAAUAUUCUGGUCAUUGUUGCCAUAUUGAAGACACCGAAACUCAGAAUUAGAUCCAAUUAUCUAAUAUUAUCGUUGAGUUUGACAGACUUAACUGUAGCGUUAGUGGCUAUGCCAUGGACUUCAUAUCUUGAUAUUAUACACUUUAGUGACUGGCAGUGGGGACCAGUAUAUUGUGAUGUCUAUUACUUUAUAACCGCUGUCUGUACCUCAGCAUCAGUACUUCAUCUGAUGUUUGUCUCAAUUGAUCGCUAUCUAACUGUAACCAGUAUUAACUAUUCGACAAACAAUAAGAAAUGGUAUGUCAUUGUUAUGAUAUGCUUUGCCUGGCUUUUUGCUGUACUCGUUGGACUGACACCAAUGCUUGGAUGGAGAGAUUACAACCGAUUCCUCAUCAGAAUCUAUGACCAAAAGACAUGUUUUUCUAGUCUAAACAUCGCCUACAAGACUACAAGUGUUAUCAUACUAUUCUUUGUUCCCGUUUCUGUAAUAAUACCACUUUAUUGUGCCAUUUAUAAAAAAUCAAUUGAAUUUCGAGCAAACCAUAAAACUAUUGUCAAAGGGUCAAAGGUUGACAUACAAGAGUUAAGCACUUCAUCUGUUGUGAAAACUGAUUUAACAGAUAUAUCAAAAACGACUUACUUGAUGGUCAUUGAAGAUGAUGGCAUCAAACGUGUCAGCAUUAAUGGUAAAGAUAAGGUCAAACAAAACAAAUCGAUUCGCCGGGAGUUUCGUGUGGCCAAAACAUUGGCCAUUAUUACUGUUUGCUAUGUUAUAUGUUUACUACCAGUUUAUAUGACUUUAUUGGUAACAGUUUUCAAAAAUGACAAUCAAUUACCGAAACUUCCAUUUUCAUUGACAUUAUGGCUAUUAUUAUGUAAUUCAGGUAUAAAUCCUAUUAUUUAUGCAAUGUUUAACAUAAACUUUAGAAAUGCGUUUAAACGUUUGUUGAAAUUAUAA